AUGCCGUCUGCGACGCUCCCCCAGAAGCGGGUGUUCGGCGAGGCAUCGAGUGCCCGCCGCAACAUCGCCAACACGCCGGUCUCUGCCAAGAAGCGACGUCUCGACGAACCCUCUUCCUCACCUGCCCCGCAGUUCCGGAGCUCCCGGAAUGACGGAAAGGGAAAACUGGCUUCGAGCCAGCAAAAGAGCGCUUUCGAGACCGAGGUCCUCGAGCGAAUGAGCCAGGACAUCUCCGACCUGAAACAGAACAACACAGAGAAGGACCAGAUGUGGGAGCGCCCACCACUUCCCAGUGACUAUAACCCAGAGAAGAACAGCCUGUGCUUCCAGGCCAUCGAAGCCGAAGAGGGUUUCACAAAUGGCGGCCUCCCAGCCAUCAAGCUUUUUGGCGUGACAGACCAUGGCAACUCGGUGCUGCUCCUCGUCAAGGACUUCAAGCACUACCUUUAUGUUGCUGCGCCUGUGUCAUUUACUCCCGAAGACUGCGCUCCUUUCCAGGCCUUUCUCGAAACACAGCUUGCCACGCAUGGACGCGUGAUCGACUCCGUCUCGCUCACCAUGCGAGAAAACAUCUACGGCUUUCAGGGAAACACCCAGAAUCCAUUCAUCAAGAUCAGCGUCACCGAUCACAGGUCAAUUAACAGGGUCCGCACGGCAAUAGAGGGCGGCGAUGCCAACUACAAGAAGCUAUGGAAGAGCUUCGACGGGACCAUCAUGACCUACGACAACAUCCAAUACUUACUCCGAUUUAUGGUUGACUGUUCCAUUGCCGGCAUGGGCUGGGUCGAAGCCCCGGCGGGCCAGUACAUGAUUGCGAGCAGCAAGCAGUCCAACUGCCAAAUCGAAGCCGAAAUGAGCUACCGACACCUGAUCUCCCACAAACCGGUCGGCGAGUGGUCCAAGAUGGCGCCCCUGAGGAUUCUCUCCUUCGAUAUCGAGUGCGCCGGCCGCAAGGGCAUCUUCCCCAAAGCCAACCACGACUCCGUGAUCCAGAUCGCAAACGUCGUGACCAAAUAUGGAGACAAAAAGCCGUUUGUCAGGAACGUAUUCUGUCUAGAUACCACAAGCCCCAUCGUUGCCACCCAAGUCAUAUCGUUCGACAAGGAACAGGACAUGCUUUCCGGUUGGAGGGAUUUUCUGGAAAAGGUCGACCCCGACAUCAUCACUGGUUACAACAUUGCCAACUUUGAUUUCCCAUACCUCCUUGAACGUGCCGAGCAUCUCAAGGUGUCGGGGUUUGAGUACUGGUCCCGUACUCGCCGUACCAAAUCAUACUCCAAGGACUCCAAUUUCUCCAGCAAACAGAUGGGCAACCGCGACACCAAGACCACCCUCAUCAGCGGGCGUCUCCAGCUCGAUCUUUUGCAGCUCAUUCAGCGUGACCAUCAACUGCGCAGCUACACACUGAACUCAGUAUCUUUCCACUUCCUCGGGGAGCAAAAGGAAGACGUUCACCACUCCAUGAUCACGGAGCUUUUUGAGGGCACGCCAGAGUCGAGACGCAGACUAGCAGUGUACUGUCUCAAGGAUGCCUACCUCCCCCAGCGGCUCAUGGAGAAGCUGUCUUGUCUCGAAAACUACACCGAAAUGGCGAGAGUCACGGGUGUCCCGUUCAACUUCCUACUUGCCAGGGGUCAGCAGGUCAAGUUCUUGAGUCAGCUGUACCGUAAAGCCCUGGAGCAAAAGCUAGUGAUUCCCAACAUGCAGAUGGAGUCUUCCGAAGAACAAUACGAGGGCGCCACCGUUAUCGAGCCUAUCAGGAACUAUUACGACGUGCCCAUCGCCACCUUGGAUUUUGCUUCUCUGUACCCGAGUAUCAUGCAGGCCCACAACCUGUGCUAUACCACUCUCAUCAAGAAGCGAGACAUUGAGCGGUACAAUCUCGUGAAGGACGAGGACUACAUUGUCACCCCAUGUGGAGACAUGUUUGUCACGUCCAAGAAGCGGAAGGGUUUACUGGCUCAGAUUUUAGAAGAACUUCUCUCGGCCAGAAAGCAGGCCAAGCGAGAGCUCGCCGCUGAGACGGAUCCUUUCAAGAAGGCCGUGCUGAACGGUCGGCAGCUGGCGUUGAAGAUCAGUGCCAACUCCGUCUACGGGUUGACCGGUGCAACAAACGGCGGCAAGCUCCCCUGUUUGGAGAUUGCCAGCAGCACAACCAGUUUCGGCCGUCAAAUGAUCGAGAAGACGAAGCAGGAGGUGGAGAAGCGGUACACGAUUGCCAACGGGUACUCCCACGAUGCCCAGGUCAUUUACGGCGACACAGAUUCCGUCAUGGUCAAGUUCGGCACUACCGAUCUCGCAGAAGCCAUGAAGCUUGGCGAAGACGCUUCCCAGUUUGUCUCGAGCAAGUUCGUCAAGCCUAUCAAGCUCGAAUUCGAAAAGGUCUACUUUCCCUACCUGCUCAUCAACAAGAAGCGCUACGCCGGUUUGUACUGGACAAAACCGGAGAAGCACGACAAGAUGGACACCAAGGGUAUCGAGACCGUCCGUCGUGAUAACUGCCUGUUGGUGCAAACCGUCAUUGAGAAGGUCCUGAGGAUGAUUCUCAUCGACCGAGACGUCGUUGGGGCUCAAGAAUACGUCAAAGACACAAUCGCCGACCUCCUCCAAAACAAAGUCGACAUGUCCAAACUAGUCAUCACCAAAGCCCUAACCAAAGACGACUACGCCGCCAAGCAAGCCCACGUUGAGCUCGCACAGCGAAUGCGAAAACGCGACCCCGGGUCCGCCCCCGGCCUCGGCGACCGCGUAGCCUACGUCAUGGUCAAAGGCGCGGCCGGAUCCAAAAACUUCGAAAACUCCGAAGACCCCAUGUACGUCCUCGAGCACAACGUGCCCAUCGACACCAAAUACUACCUCGAAAACCAACUCGCCAAGCCCCUCGGCCGCAUCUUCGAACCCAUCCUCGGCAGCGACACCAAAGUCCGCUCCCUACUCUCUGGCGCGCACACCCGCUCCAUCGCCGUCGCUGCGCCGACCGUCGGCGGACUGAUGAAAUUCGCGAAGAAGACGCAGACUUGCAUGGGCUGCAAGAAGCCGCUGACGGGCAAAGAGGAGAGCCAGGGGGCGGUGUGUGCCGACGACGCGCCGCGGGUUGGGGAAUUGUACAAGAAGACGCUGGAUAAGGUGUCGGAGUUGGAGGUGCGGUUUGGGCGGUUGUGGACGCAGUGUCAGCGGUGUCAGGGGAGUAUGCAUUGCGAGGUGAUUUGUAGUAGUAAGGAUUGUCCGAUCUUUUAUAUGCGGAUGAAGGCGAAGAAGGAUUUGGAGGAUGGGAAUAAGGAACUGGGUCGGUUUGAUUUUGAUAAGGCUGCUAUUUGGUAG